AUGUUUAUGCAUAUCAUACCAUCAUAUAACAGGUCUGAUUCUGCAUCUGCUGGAACGGAACUCCAGAAAAACUUCAAACUGCAUUUGUUACAGAAGUUUCAGUGUUUGAAUGACAUAAUAUCAAACCAGGAAAACCCAACAUUACUGAAUGAGAUCUACACAGAACUCUACAUCACAGAGGAAGACACUGGAGACGUCAAUAAUGAACAUGAGGUGAGACAGAUCGAAGAAGCAUCCAGGAGAUCAACAACAGAGGAAACACCAAUCAACUGUAACGACAUCUUUAAACCUUUAUCUGAAGAAGAUAAACCCAUCAGAACUGUACUGACAAAGGGAGUCGCUGGUAUUGGAAAAACUGUCUCUGUACAGAAGUUCAUUCUGGACUGGGCUGAAGGAAAAGCAAACCAGGAUCUUCACUUUAUAUUUCCACUUCCUUUCAGAGAGCUGAAUUUAAUGAAGGAUCAAAAACUGAUGGAUCUUCUCAGUUUCAGUUUUAAAGAUAUGAAAGAAACUGAAAUGUCCAGCUUGCAGAAAGUUCUGUUUAUUUUUGAUGGUUUGGAUGAGUGUCGUUUCUCUCUAGAUUUUCUGAACACAGACAGAUUGUGUGAUGUAACUGAAUCAGCAUCAGUGAAUGUGCUGCUGGUGAACCUGAUUAAAGGGAAUCUGCUUCCAUCUGCUCUCAUCUGGAUAACCUCCCGACCAGGAGCUGCUGAUCAGAUCCCCUCUGAGUGUGUAGAUCGAGUGACGGAGGUACGAGGUUUCAGUAACCCACGGAAGGAGGAGUACUUCAUGAAGAGAAUCAGUGAUCAGAGCCUGGCUAACAGAGUCAUCACCCACCUGAAGUCAUUACGAAGCCUCUACAUCAUGUGUCACAUUCCAGUUUUCUGUUGGAUUUCAGCCACUGUUCUUGAGAGAUUGUUGGAUGAAGCUGAAGAUGCUAAGAUCCCUAAAACUCUGACUCAGAUGUACACCCACUACCUUAUCAUUCAGACCAACAUCAAAAGAGAAAAGUACUCAAAGAACCAGGAUACAGAUGAAGAAAUGAUUCUUAAACUGGGAAAACUGGCUUUCAAUCAGCUGAUGAAAGGAAACUUGAUCUUCUAUGAAGAAGACCUGAUAGAGUGUGGAAUUAAUGUGAGGGAAGCAUUAGUGUACUCAGGUGUGUGUACACAGAUCUUCAGAGAGGAGUUUGGACUGAACCAGAUUAAAGUGUUCUGCUUUGUUCAUCUGAGUAUUCAGGAGCAUCUUGCAGCUCUACAUGUGCACCUGAUGUUCAUAAAACAAAAGAAAAAUGUUCUUCAAAACAGCUGGUUCUAUAAACUAUGGUUGCUGUUUAGACAGGAAACUAUUGCAGAUGUACACAGGACUGCAGUAGAUGAAGCAUUAAAGAGUAAAAAUGGACAUCUGGACCUUUUCCUUCGUUUUCUUCUCGGUCUCUCACUGGAGUCCAAUCAGACUUUGUUAGACCCAUUAGUGACACAUACAGGAAGUAGCUCCCACAGCAAAGAGGAAACAGUUCAGUUCAUCAAGAAGAAGAUCAGUUUAAACACAUCUGCUGAGAAAUCCAUCAAUAUGUUCCAUUGUCUGAAUGAACUUGGAGAUCAUUCACUAGUGGAGGAGGUUCAGCGCUACCUGCAAUCUGGAAAUUUACAAGAAAGAGAACUCUCUACAUCACAGUGGUCAGCUCUAGUGUUCGUGUUACUGACAUCAGAGCAGAAACAAGAUGAAACAGACUCAACAUCAGAUCAGGUUCUUCAGCAUCUUCUCCCUGUGGUUGCAGAAUCAAAAAAUGCUGAGUUGAAUAAUUGUGGUGUAUCAGGUGAAGGUUGUGCUGCUCUGGCUUCAGCUCUGAGCUCAAACUCCUCACACCUGAGACAUCUGGAUCUGUCUAUGAAUGAACUAGGAGAGUCAGGAAUGAAGCGUCUUUCUGCUGUACUGGAGAAUCCUGACUGUAAACUGGAGAAGCUGGGGGGCAACUUCCAGCUCAAGAAGUGUUGUGGGAGGCAUCGGACGGUUUGCCAGGCGUCUUCCCAGUGCAUCCCAAGCAUCAGGUUGGGUGAUUGUGAUGUAUCAGAUGAAGGUUGUGCUGCUCUGGCUUCAGCUCUGACAUCAAACCCCUCACACCUGAGAGAUCUGAAUAUGUCUAAUAAUAACCUAGGAAAUUCAGGAGUGAAGCUUCUAUCUGCUGCCCUGGAGAAUCCUCACUGUGAACUGGAGAAACUGGGGUUGAAUCAGUGUGGUUUAGCAGAUGAAGGUUGUGUUGCUCUGGCUUCAGCUCUGACAUCAAACUUCUCACUUGUGACUGAUCUGAAUCUGACACAGAAUAAACUAGGAGAUUCAGGAGUGAAGCUUCUUUCUGUCGGACUGGAGAAUCCUCACUGUAAACUGGAAAUACUGGGGUUGAGGUUUUGUGGUGUAACAGAUAAAGGUUGUUCUGCUCUGGCUUCAGCUCUGAGAUCAAACCCCUCACACCUGAGAGAUCUAAAUAUCACUCGAAAUAAACUGGGAGAUUCGGGAGUGAAGCUUCUCUCUGCUGGACUGGAGAAUCCUCACUGUAAACUGGAGAAACUGGGGUAA